AUGACUGUCGUCCAGUCUUACAACCAAUAUGGCAUCGUCGUGAACAACGUCAUCCUGCCUGGAGCAGUGCUGCUCCUACCCAAGACUUCGUUCCUCUGGAACGUCAACUCGAUGGAGGACAUAACGGUGGACAGCCUGAAGGUGCUCACGAUGCUCAGCCCACGGAUAGAGGUCUGCAUUCUAGGGACCGGCAACAGGACUCGGAGGCCGCCGGCUGAGCUGAUCUCCUGGUUCGGUGACCAAGGGAUCUCUCUGGACUUUAUGGACUCUGUCAAUGCGUUCGCCACCUUCAAUGUGUUGACGCAGGAAGGGAGAGUUGCAGCAGCUGCCUGCCUGCCUGUGGAAGACUACGAAAAGCAGUUGGAGGCUCUGAAGAAUGCGAGUGGUGGCCAACCUCCGUCGGAGAAAUGA